AUGUUUGCUAGAAUACUUCAAAAUCGUUUACGGUCAAGCCUUCUCACGUCACGAUUGUCACUCAAUACGAACACACCCUUGAUUGAACAAUGUUGGCAGUGUCAACGGCAAGUAGACCGAAGCGAAUGUCAAACUCACUGUCCGUGCGAAAAACAUGUCAUACUGCCAGUCCGAUCCGAACUCGACUACUUUCGCCUAUUUGACUUCUCACGCUCAUUCGAAAUCGAUACGAAACAAUUGACGCGAAUCUUUCGAAACAAAAUGAAGCUUCUACAUCCUGAUCUGUUUACCAAUAAAUCUGAUACGGAAAAACAACACUCUCAAGAUCAAUCUUCUUUAUUGAAUGAAGCGUACAAAACUUUGCUAUCGCCAUUAGCACGUGCUCAUUAUUUACUCAAAUUAGAAAACAUCACUUUAGAAGAGUCGCCUGUACAACUCGAGCCAGAUUUCCUCAUGCGGAUUAUGGAAAUCAACGAAGACUUAGCCGAAAUUAUCAGCAAGAACGAAUCAUUUCCGAUGGAGUUGGCCAUCGAAAUGCGACAAGAGAUCGAUGACCAUAUGAAACAGUUAUCUACUGCUUUGAAUCAAAUGGAUUUAACCAAAGCUCGAGAACUUCUUGCACGAUUACAGUAUUUCAACAAUAUCAACGAUAAACUAAUUGACCUAGAGGUCAAACACGGAAUUAUUUAA